AUGUCGGCCUCUUCGGGCUCCUGUCUUCUUGGACCCAGACUGUGCACAGAUCGCGCCUGCGGAGGAGGGAGCGUCCACGGGACGCACUCAGUCCGAGUCUCCUCUGUAUCUCUGCGACAACCGAAUUGCAGAGGACCGACGAGCAUGAUUAGGGCGCGACCGUGGAGCGGCGCGACGAGGUUUAAGAGCACCACACGUACCCCUGUUGUCCUGGCGCACCGGCGUGGUGGCCCGAGCGACGUGCCGGCAGGAGAAUCCAUUGUAGAAAAUGACGGGAGCAGGCGCGAUGGCGCCGAAACGGGGGGGUCCCGGCUUGCCUCUGCCGAAGCAAAGAGCCUGGGAGGUGCGACAAGCGGAGACACGUCUACGGGCGAUUCCGAGCGGGGGCGCAUGGGCCGCGGGCGACGGAGACAAACAAAGGAGCGCCAGCCCCCUCCGCAGGCUCCACGUCGACAGCGAAGCCGUGGCCAAUCGCCACACUCGAAGGAGCAGCGCAGCAUCCCUGGUACACAGCUCGACGCGCCCGACCGCCCGGUGCGCACCGCACAACGCACCGCCCGAACACGCCAGCAGCUUGAAACAAAUCAUCGCAUCGGGCAGGUGCGCGGUCCGCUGUCUACCAUGCGAUGGGCUCCGCCCCCAUCGACCAAACCGAAAAGCCCGUACUUUGUCAUCGACGAGCGCCCGACGCAACCGAACCUUCCGGCGCCGGACACGAUGGACGCUCGAGCGACGGGCGACGUGCGCAGCGCAGAGGCCCUCCGGAAGCAUUUCACGGAUGUUGAAGGGGGGGGACAUCGCCCGCGCAGCACCGUCGCACAGCUGGCCGACAAGGCGACGCGUGGCGCCGAACGUCUAGAAGAAUCCAGCGCUGGCGCGUCCGGUCUCAGGAGCCGAUCGGCAGGACGUGUUGCAGACGCGCAGCGGUCUCAUCGCAAGUUUGGGGCACAUCAAAAUCACGCGGGGGACGGCUGCCGUCCGGCACAGCGGCAACGAGGGAACCCGAAGGAUCAACAGCAGGGGUCGAGUUUGCCUGCCGGAAGAGAGUGCGCAGGCGGUGCCGAGGACGUGGAUGCAGCCGACGCUGAUCAGAACAGCGCACCGCUUUCGAGGCACGCCCUGGAGGUUCGAGACGGCAUACAGUGGUCGCAGGAGUGGCUGGUGCUCGCCGAGCACGCUCGCUUUAACGUUCGGCCGCGGCAGUCUGCUCGGGCUCCACGGCGCAUCACUGAAAUAUCUGAGAAAUCACGUGGCACGAAGGAGGUGGCCGACAUCUCACGGAGCGCCGCACUGCUUGCUUUUCGCGACGGGCUUCCGGCAGCUCACGAUCGUGUGGUUGCGCUGCUAACGGCGUUGAUGGUGAAGCAGCCGGAGGGUGCUGCGCUCAUUGCGGAAGCAGCUACCGCGGGAGGCCACGCCGCGCUGUCACGCUGGUAUGAGGAGUGCCAAUCGGUCACCGCUGGCCACACAAGCACGGAUGGCCUCACAUGGCCUCCAGCUGCUGAGGAUGCUGGCAACGUUCUGCGCCGUGUUCUGCGACCUGUGCACGCUGUACCUGGUCCGCUGGAUCCUGCUCAUGUCGAAGCUGUCUGCGACUUCCUGGUGUCCAACGCUGGCCUCAGUCUGUCUGACCUUGGGCCUUUGAUCUCAUGUUGCCCGGAGAUCGUCGCGUCGGAUGUGCAAGGGCAGCUAUUGCCGACCGUGCGGGUUCUCCUGGACUCGCCUAUGCGCCCGCGCGAUGUCGCGAACGUCGCCCUCGGGUGCCCCGAGACGCUUCUCAUGGAUGUCGGUGACCUUCAGAGGAACGUUGAGGAGAUCCGGCGAGCUGCGCGCAGAGCGGCUCGACUUGGGCUUGCGUCCAGAAUCAGUGCAAGGGUACGGGACUUCGAUGUCUGCGACCUCGACGAUGAGGCCGCUGAGGAGGCAUGCCUUCGGGCAGUGGAAGCAGCCAUGCGCACAUUGCCACGCGCCCUUCCCGAUCUCUUCGCGUCUGAUUGCGCGGCGAUGUUCUCGCACCUGGAUCGCAUCGCGAAGGUCGAGCACGAACUGCGGCCCGGCGCGGCAGGGCCGGCAGCGUGGCGCGUCAUGGACUUCUUGUUGUCUCAGCCAUGGGCCCCGCACGCAGCUCGCGCAGCUCCUGCGGCGGUCUGCGUACUCGAGCUCCUGGAUGGAUUCGUGCCGACGCAGCGCGGCGGAAGCCCUUGCCACGAAGCAUUGGUCGACCGUUUUCCUCCCAAGGGUGUGUUCGAGCUGCGCACCUCUGUUGGCUUAGGCGAAGACGAAUCGGGCGCUUUCACGGACGCGGAGACCGACGAUGAACUCAUCGAAAGCGCCGCGGGUUUGCGAGGAGCAAGGUCUGCGGCGGCAGAAACCUUCGGUCCUUUGAGCGAGAGGUCGCACACGCGCUCAACAGAGCUCCCGAGGGGGGCAGCCGUCAGAGCGCAUCCUCCGUUACCGGUCAGUCAAGCUCAUGCGGACUGGGCUGCGGCUCUCGGCAUUUCGGGCGACGACUUGCUGGUUCGAUUCGUCUGGGACGCGGCCUUGCUGCGGGCACCAGCUGCGCGGGCUGUCGCAGUGCUCAACGCUCUGCGAGACGCGCGAGUUCCAGUUGACGAGCUGAUGACGAGAGUACUCAGACGCCCCCAGCUGCUGAAGGUUCUGCGCUCACGGCCUGACACACUGCUUCCGAAGGUCCACUUCUUGACUGGCGCGGCCCACAUGUCGCCCGAGAUUGUGGCGCGGUACCCCGCCAUUCUGACGCGCUCACUGACGGACACGAUAGCGCCGCGCAUUCACUUCCUCAUGUUGAACGCCCCUGAGAUGUUCGAGGGUGAAGAGUGGCGCAGCGGCAACCCUGUGUGGCUGAGGCGCGUCAUCGAGGAAAGAGAGUCAUCUUUCCCUGAGAACUUCACCACGAAGCUCGGCGAGGAGUAUGUGGUAUUCAAGAGCCAAUGGUCAUCGACAGUCGGGGUCCAGAUGAUGACGAUUGUUCGGUCAGGGCAGUCGAGCAACAACGCCAUGCGGGCCCUGAUCCGUGCGCCGAUGCUUCGUGACGGCGGUCGCUCCACUCUCAAACGUACGAAAGCGUCUCCGGCACUUCGGUCGGGUGGCAGCUUUCCCGGUCUGCUGCCCGCUGGACGGAGGGCGAGCGAAGGCUUCACUAGUGACGCUGGUGCUGGAACCAGAGCUGACGACCGGGACUGGCCGGACGCUUCGCGUGUACCCUCAUCCCAUGUAUCGAACGACCGUGACGACGAGGGCCGAGCAGCGGACGAGCGGCCUCCCAAAGCCGAACAGCUCGAGAGUGCCGAGGGAAGCUCGACAGCACCCAGCCGGGCCUCGAGGGGGAAGAAGCGACCCGCAUCGUCCCUGCCCUGGCAAGAAGCACGUGACUCGAAAUAA